AUGUCUGAUAGCUUUCAAGAGUGGAGCUGCAGCAGCGCAUGUUCACCACCUCAACACUGUUAUUUACCACGCUGCACAAAAAUUCCUUUCCCUGAAACAUUUAGCGGAUCAGGAAAGGUCAGUUAACUUUUCUAGAUGCUAAAAAAUAAAAAGUAUGAAUAGCAAUCUAAAUUUAGUUAAUUACACAGACAAAACCACCCUCAAUCUUUUACUUUUUGUGUUAUUAUUAUUAUUAAUUUUUUUUUUCAAACUUUUUUUUGAGGUUCAUGUGCACGUAUCGCUAAGUCACGGCGAGAAUUUUUCACGUGUUCACUCACCUGCUGCAUUGUGGGUUCAUUCUGUCAGUACACGUGGAUUUGAGGUAUGCGCACGUGAGGCUGGUGCUGCAUCAAAUGGAACUGGGAUCAUAAACUGGAUGGCGUUCCACGAUCAACCACAAGUUUCAUCUGGCAGCAUAACGUUUGGUGGAACGUGGACAACAGAAACCAAGUGCGACAAAGUGACGUUUAAAAAGGUUAGUGUUAGAAGCAAAAAGAAAGGCGCAGAAAAUAUAUAUUAUCUUUUCCAUUUUUGCUAUGCACUGCUAGGUCAUCUAUGUCAUCUAGGUCAUCUAUCAAUAAUUUUUGCCUUUUAUCUUACGUCCGUGUUGAUCUAUUCAUUCCUCAGUUUAUGUGCUCAUGAUUUAUUCUAUCGAGUACGCGAAACUGAUUUCCCAAAUUGAAGAAAGUUUAAACGAUUGUCCUACGAUUUUCCCUUUGAUAUACAUUCCAGAGCUUUGCUGCGAGGCCCUUUGUUUUUGUCUCGGCGAAGUACACUCGAGCUACAAAGCCCGGUGACGCAGUGUAUGUUUGGUUAGAGAACGUCAGUUCCAGAAGCUUUGAGGUGUGCAUCAAGGAAUUCUUACCAUUUGAUGGAAAACACCAAGAUACAGUGGUGGUGGGUAUACCUAUUUGCUUUUCAAUUGUUCCAUAGCUAGGCUGACUAUCAUUGUCGACAUCAUUAGCACCUUAUUCAUCACCAUUAUCAUCAUCAUCAUUAUCAUCAUAAUCAUCAGUACGAUUAUCAGUAUCGUCAAUAUCAUUGGUAUCGUUAGAAUCGACAUUGUGAUCAAUACCAGCAGCAUCAGCACCAGCAUCAUCAUCAACGACUCUCCAGUUCUCUGGUGUUUUCUGGGUCUUUCAAAGCCAUUUCUCAGCAGCUUCUCGCAGAUUAGAGAUACAACACUUUCCGGAAGGUGUGAACCGUAUCAAGCAUGGCUGACAACUCAUGCCUUCCAAAAAUGCAAGGCAGUCUUAACCUCCCACACCAGUCAUUUGCAUUCUUCGAGAUGGUUCCAAAUGCACAAAUCACGAUCGAUGGAUCUUACUGCCACUAGGCUCUUUGGAUUGUUUUAAUUUUGAGUGCUAGGUUUUGAUACCUUUACACCUUCUUGUCUUCUGUAAUAAAGAUAUUUUGGUCCGUUGGCACAGCUAUGUAGAUAAGUGUCCACUCCUGUGUGCCUUUGUGUACCACAGUAAUAUCUGGUCGAGUUUACUUUGGCCGCUGGUCCGCAAAGAUAGUCAUAUCCCAAGUUAUCCUCACUUCUCCAUUCCUAUUUUCUCUCUGGGCAAACUUCCUUCAUCCACUGACAAUACGCCAUACUGUUUCAGUCACCACAAAAUCUGCAUAUUGGUGUCUUAGAGGUCUUAUCAUAUCUAUACUGUGCUUGACAAAAUUUGUUCUUAAAGCUUGUUCUUAAGCGGCGAGGAUCAGUUCUGUUCCCUUUUUUUAUAAAAUCACUCCUGAACCAUCUCCAGAACUCCUCUCCAACCACCUGAAGUUUGCCGAGCAAACUCUCCAUGUAGGACUUUUUCCUUCCGGUCCCUGACUUUCUCCUCUUUCUUCUGGUAGUCCUGAGGGUUCUUUUCUUCAACAAGCCCCUUUUCCUUUAAAGCCAUUUGCAGCAUUAUCCUCGCUGUGCUCUCUUUCGGGUAGCCAUACAAGAAUUUGCACACACUCUUUUUAACUCGUCAAUACUAAUGGACCCCCUCUCUCUUCCUUCCUCGAUGGAAAGAUACAGUCUGGCGACAUUUUUUAUGGUGUGUGAACAGCCAUUCAGUAGCAACAUAACUACUAUAAACAGCAAGGGUGAUAAGGAAUAACUUGAGAGUGUCCUCUCUGAUGUCGACCUGCCCAAGCUCCGCACCAUCUGAUGUCAACAAGUCUACAAGUUCACCAUGCUGUUACUGAGAGAUCAUGUCUCGUCUCUUGUCUUGUUUCUGCUCAGUUAAUUCUGUUAACUCAAUGUGGUGUUAAGAGUUUUCCAUGUACAAGUCUAGCAUCCUUUUUCUUUAGCCUCGCUCCUUUGGCUCACUCCAGAUGUAACCCUUAAACAGUCAUUUGCUGUUCACCUUUCACCACCUCAAACCCUUCUGGAGUCGUUCAGCGGAAACAGGAUGACCACCGGGCCUGCGUUGUUGAUCAACAGGACACGUGCCUGACUCGACACCUUCGCCGAGCACCCCAGUUCUGUUGACGUCGUCAGGGUAAAAUUGGGCAUUCUCUCAUUAAAUUAUUCAUUUUAAGGUUUCCACUAACCAAUAGUUUAUCGUGCCACCAUCACUAGACGGAUUGCUAGCCAAAGCUCAGAGAGAUCAAUAUACAAGAUAGCCGAUACCGUGCCAGACACUAACCUGGUGUUUUCUGGUAUAGAGGGACCAAUGUACAUUUGCAAUAUCCUCGUGGUUUCGGGACCUCGACUAUGGUGGCAUAAGGGUUGUUGGCUUAUUGUUAUUGAACACAUACAAACUACAAUGUGUUUUGCCUAGCCGACACUCACUGAAUGGAAAUAAGCUUGCACGUUAUACUUGUAUCUUACUAUUUGAUUUACAAGAACUGAGAAAAUUUUUCCAUAAACUAUCAAACGGAAAUAACGUUUAUUUUUUUAAAAUUUUAUCCUUUCAGGACUGGUUCGCGUUAGUGGGAAAUGGUUCUAAUUUUAAUUUGACCAUGACAGGAGAAGUUACCUUUCCGAACCUUGGCACACCGACAACUAUGACAACUAUGACAACUUUGGAUUCUGUCAAGUACCUUUAUUCUAAUUUAACACUUACAGUUUGUCGGCUCCAUAUUAUUUGACAGUAGCUAUUUGUCAAUAGGUAAAAGCUGGACACCUGAUAAAAGAAAUCCUCACUCGACAUCAAUCCUUUCACCGCGUAUGCUAGAGUGAAUAACAGAGUAUUAUGAAGCUCUUCUAAACUAUAAUAUAAUUAUGAUACUGCAGUAUUUAACCUCUUUUACCGACUUUUAAAAAAGAUAGACUGUUUGUUUUACAACAUAUUGCAAAAAGACGUGAGCAGAUAUAUUUUUGAAUUUUUCCUUCUGUUUACUUUUGACAGAGAAUGAGUUAAGUGUUUAAGUCAUGAUCCGAAAAUAGCUCAUACCAUAUUCUGACUUAAUUUCAUUUUGGGAGUCAGAUUUGCGCUGCCCUGGCAGUUUUAUCAAAUGAAUAUGUAGUACGUAAUGAACUGUUAUAGCCUUAUUCACUGUUUUCACAGAAUAUUCAUUACAACACCACCUUCUACGCGUCACCUGUGGUCCUGGUUUCAGUUUCAGAAAAACGUCAUUUUACCAGAAAAUAAUAUUGUCACGGCAUGGGUGGAGGUACGUUACUUUUCUACAGAUUUUCUUAAUUCUCUUGUCUAGCAGAAAAAUGAAGUAUCUCAUCGCAGAGAGCUUCGUUCUAUUUCAGGAAGUUGGCCUAAAAUCCAUGAGGAUUUGUGUCAGAGACUUGAGUGGAACAGGACGGGAACAUGAUCCUCUUUCUGUCAGUUAUAUUGUUACCGGAGGUAAGUAAUGCACAGUAACAAACUCUAUGACGAGCUUGAAUGAUCAUUUUACCAGAUUCAUGAAAUUCACUGUAGGCAUGGAUUUUAUCCGCAAAAUGUUGGAGUAAACUUACUAUCCCAUAACAAUACGCUACAAUACGUUUUAUCAAUUAAUGUUUUUAUUAUUAAUUCUCCCAACUGGGAAUUUUCAGAAUUAAUUUACAAGAACUCGUUAGGCUAAAUAACGUUCGAAAUUACUAAAACAUUACAAAUAUAAAAGAGAAAAUGAGGUUACUAUUGAGAUUAAAUUCUUUAGGACUAACAUUCUGAAUUGAAAAGCUAAUAACCCAUUAAUUGAAAUAGAUCAACAAACUACGUGUAAAUGUUUUAUUUACGUCUUCUGAUUAUCUUCUGAAAGACUGUUCCAAGAGCUACCUUAAGCUUGGCUCGACAAUCUCUGACACUCUUUCUCUGCCGGGAAACCGAGCUAAACAGGCGCAACGGCAAGGCAGCUACUACCAUUUUCAGCCUGACCCAGCCUCACUAAGAGAGUAUGGACCAACAAACGAAGAUGAGGAAGAAGCACGAUCGAAACUGAACAUGCUUCCUCUUUAUCACAGGCGGCAAGUUGCAGUUGCGACAUUCCUGUACAGGAUGCACACCAGUCUGUUCCCGUUUGAUCUGAAAACGAUACUUCCGCGACCCUACAGCCCAAUACGAGAAACCCGCGCAAGCCUGAGUAUGCCAAGCCAUGCCCUGGAAGAGCCGAAGUCAAGAUCGUACUCUUCAGGAAGAGCUUUUAUCCACCGCGCUCUUAAAAUGUGGAGCAGCCUGCUGGACAACAUCCUCGGCAUUAUAAAUGACACGGGGAAUUCAGUCUUUUAAGAGCCGGUUGCACAAGUUCCUCCUGCAAUGUUGACUACAAAUGGAAAAAUGCUGACUGUUUAGUUCUAAUUUUUUUUCGUUUUUUUCUUUUUCUUUCGUGUAAGCUGCUGCGAACCACUGAUUGAUCCGUUAGGUGUCAAAUGCAUUUAAACUGUAAUUUGUACUUCGCCUUUCGUGCUAUUGUUCGCUCUAGCGUGUUAGAUAUGUAAAAGAAAAAUAAGAAGCUGACGGAAAAUACCAAGAUCCUGGUAUACAGAGCCUGUGUUUUGAGUACACUUCUGUACGGCAGCGAUUCAUGGACUCGUCACUCAUAAUAGAAGAGGAAGCUUAGCACUUUUCACAUGCCUUGUCUCUGACGCAUACUCGACAUCACCUGACAGGACAAAGUUCCAAACAACACUGUCCUAGAACUAGGUGAAAUUCCCAGCAUGUAUGUACUACUGAAACAGAGAUGUUUGCGCUAGCUUUGCUACUACACGUUCUUUUGGAGUGGCAGGGGAGAGAACAAGCGAAGAGAAUCGCUCGAGUUGGUUUUGCAAUAAGGAACUCCAUUACUCAGCAGCUGAAACAAGAUCCAAUACCUGUCAUUGAUUGGAUAAUCGCAAUGAGACUUCCGCUGCAGAGAAAUGUGUACGCCACCAUAAUUAGUGUCUAUGCUCCAACCAUGACAAACCUCAAGACAUCAAGGUGGAGUUGUACAACAGUCUGAGAGAGGUACUGUGGAGAGUUCCAAGUACUGAUAAACUGAUAAUAGCUGGUGACUUUAAUGCCAGGGUUAGAAAGGAGAUGGACAAAUGACCACUUGUGAUUGGCCCGCAUGGAGUUGGGAAGUGAAACUCAAACGGUGAACUUCUUCUGGCAACUUUGCUCGGAACACAAUUUGGUCAUCACAAACACUAUCUUCAAACACAAGGAACAUCACAAGACCACAUGGAUGCACCCCGUUCUAAACAUUGGCACCUUUUGAGAGUAUAUAAUAGUACGGCAGGUAGACCAAAAUGACAUCUUGAGCACAAGAUCCAUGAGAGGCGCUGACCGUUCAAACAUUCCAGAAUUGCUGCCAAACCAUCCUGCAAGAUUGAUGUUAUGAAACUACGAGAUAAAGAUAUCCAGCAGAAGUUGACGAAGAAAAAGGACAGGGCUUUUGCAGGAUUGAAACAUCAGGAGUCAGAAGAUGUUGAA